AUGUAUUGGAUAGACCGCAUCGUCAUUGCGACGAUUGCCUUUGCCGUUCUCGUCUACGUCCUCUGGGCCACCCCGCGCUACCUCGAUCCUACUGGCAGCGACCCCGUCAAGCAGGAGCGCGACCGCCGAUGGGUUAACACGAGUCCCUACUUUGUCGACCGCCAGGCCUGCCGCUGGCUGACUCUCUGUGGCCUCCACCAUCUACGCGCCGACCCGGCCAACCGCGAGUAUCGCAACCGGAAGCACGGCCAGCACGCUCGUCCGCCGCCUACCCCCGACGUCGGCCGAGGCGACGGCGGCAAGCCAGCUGGCUCUCCUCACCGCCGCGACAUCCCUGACUACGUCUUCAAGCAUGCGCCCCUUGUCCACCUCUACUCGGGCGAGCAGUUUUGGCCCUCCGACAUGCGCGACCACAUCACCCACAUGGACAUCCAACUCAACUCGUCUCUCCUCGAUGACGCCGCCCCCUGGGACCUCGGCAACAUGAGCCGCCUCAACAGCCUCGACGGCAGUGUCUUCCUCCACAGCAAGAACGAUGUCGAGAGCCGUCCGCCGUGGCUACACAGCCGCUACAACGUCCCCUCCGCUUCUUUUCCCGCCCACGCCACCCACACUGCCUCGGACGAGCCUGCCGCGCUUGACGAGACACUGUACUCUACAACCACUACGCCUCACCACCCACACACUAAGCCCUCCAACUACGGCCAAUCGCGGGCAGUUCAUGCCCCGCCGCUGCCGCAAAAGGUACUAGCCGGCGCCGAGCACAAGCAGCAGCAGAUGCAGGCCGCUGCCGCCGCCGCCCAGGGCUACAAGCCCGAUGCCCAAGGCUAUUCAGGCGCGCCCGCUGUCCUCGUCCUCGUCGACAAGGAGGACGGCGUGCUCGAUGCCUUUUGGUUCUUCUUCUACUCGUACAACCUCGGCCAGACGGUCCUUACCAUGCGCUUCGGCAACCACAUUGCCGACUGGGAGCACUGCAUGGUCCGCUUCAAGGACGGCGUGCCUCAGGGCAUGUACCUCUCCGAGCACGAGGGCGGUCAGGCCUACGCCUGGGAGGCCAUGGAGAAGCGUAACGUGACGUGGAAUAGUGCCGUUGCCGAGCGCCCCGUCAUCUACUCGGCCACUGGCUCCCACGCCAUGUACGCCACGCCCGGCGACCACGCAUACAUCCUCCCCUUCAAGAUGCUCAAGGACGUGACCGACAAGGGGCCCCUCUGGGACCCAUCCCUCAACCACUACGCCUACUUUUACGACUAUGAGUCCGACGACGACUUUUACCCCGACAAUGCCGCCGCCCAUACCGGUGCUGGUGCCGCCCCCGGCUCCUCCGAAGGCAGCAGCCUCACACCCGCCGCUUCCAACCCGGACGCGCCCACCUCGUGGUUCCACUUCCGCGGCCGCUGGGGCGACGGCGUCUACCCGCUCGCCGACGUCCGCCAGUGGCGCCUCUUUGGCCAGUACCACUACGUCUCCGGGCCGCAGGGCCCCAAGUUCAAGAACCUCGGCCGCAAGAAGAUGUGCCUGGCGAAGAAGUGCCGCAUCCGCCACGAACGCGACGGCUCGGGGACGUGGUAUUGA